AUGGCUCCGCCAACACAAAAGGCCGGGCAAAAGCGCAAAGUCGCCUUUGACCAGUCUGGCCAGUCAUCGGCGGCGCGCAAGCGGCAGAAAAACCACGAUGCUCGAGCCAUUCCCGUGCAGCGCCCCGAGGCAGUCGUGUCUGCGGGUGGGGAACUCAAUGUGGCAUCCUUCAUCAAGGCCCGAGAGUUCGAGAUCGGGGCUCUCGAGAAGAGCAUGCGCAGGGCAAAGAAGCAACUGUCUACCCGAGCGUUUCAACAGGUCCCCAGGCACAUGAGACGGAGAACUGCCAGUCACAAUGCCAAAAAUGUGCCGCGAAGGCUGCGGAGGAGGGCAGAACGUGAGAUGAAAGACGACAACACACCGACUGUCACGAAGCGAACGCGAACGCCCUCACGGAGGUUGAGAUUGCGGUUGGAGACGGCCAAAGCCCUCAAGAAGCUCACCCAGAAGCACAAGACGGUGCGCCAGAGGAAGAAAGAGGCCAAGGACAAUGCUCGGCAACCUGACCCUGCAAACCACGUCCUAACGGCGCGUGUGCCACGGUUGAAGAAGAACAAAUUGGCCGAGCCUCCGAAAGCGACGACGAAAUACAAGAGGAGGCAAGUCAACAAGACAUGGCUGCCAACGCACCUGUGGCAUACGAAACGCGCGCAUAUGACUCGGCCCACGGAGCCGUUGUGGAGGAUGUCCAUCCCGCUGAGCCCUACGGAAAAGAGUUACAGACCAAGCCAUCGAGCUGCUGGUAAUCAGGGUUGCAUAGCCUGGGAUACCAGCUAUAUGUCUACGGUUGCCUGCUUGGGGACAGAGACGGCACUUGACAGCAUGCUGAAGGCACUCUCUUUCAGCCCACAGGGGCUCUCGCCGGCUAUGCAUAAGAAGUGGAAGGCUGGGACCCGGUUUGCUCGUGGAUGGGUCUCGGAACGGGACAACGAGAAGCGUCCUAUUGCGCCAGUGACGGUGAUCUGGGUCCAGCGCCAGCAGAACAAGACAGCGAACCCGGAAGAUGGCCAGGGCGAAGACAAGAUGGAAGUUGACCAAGACGAUCGGUCUCAAGUUGACGCUGGCAAAGACCAGAUGGGAGUCGAGGAAGGCGAAGGAGCUCAGUCUGCAUUUCCGAAGAUUACCAAGAAGACGGGGAAACGGAAGACGAAACUUAGUCACCAAAUCCUCCUCCGAGUCCACCCAUCUGCUUUCUAUCAGUGCUGGCAGGAGUUGUUGAAAGUCGCCAAAUUGCAGAAACCGCAGGUUCUGAUUGAAGAUCUGCGAUUUGAGAUCGGGAGCAUCGAAAUCCAAGGUCCAGGCUCAACGGAAGCCUUACUGGGUGUGCUUCGUCCUUUUCCGACCCAUGUUGAAGCUGCCGAUUCGAUGUCGUCGUUGUGGGCGUCUCUUGCUGGACUCAACAACCCCAGUGUCCUCCCGCAGAACGCCAUGCUCGCGUUUGAUACGGUCGAUCCCAGGCUCAAUCAUCCGCCCAAGCGGAUUAAGAUCCCAAGCCCCUCGGAAGCCUCUCUCCUGGAUGAGACCCUCGUUUCCUGGGCGCCCGACAAAAGGUUGACGUCCUCCGCACUACUCUCGCACAAGGCACGCUGGCGGAUCAGCAACACCCUGCCUUCCCAAAAAGCAAUCAAUCGACGAAGAGCCCUUGCGCCACCGGGCCAUACACCAUCAGUCACGGCUAAAGAUCCCCAAAUCCCUGUGGUCCUUCUUGCGUCGAGAGCGGAGAGUAAUGCAUCGAAAAACUCGCAGGGGACAUGGACUGCUUUGCUUCCCUGGACAUGCGUCGACCCAGUGUGGCGCUCAUUGAUGUUCUAUCCGUUGUCAUCCGGUGGCACGCCACGUUUCGGGGGUCUAAGCCAGAAACAGCAGCUGUCGUUUGAGCAAAAAGCGCCCUGGUUCCCAGGUGAUUUGGCCGGCACCGAGGCGGGUAAGGCGUGGGAGCGCUCAGAAAGCGAAACGAGGUUUGAUUCAUGGAUCAGGCGACCUCCCAAGCACAGAGUUGCCUGGGACACUUUGGACCUGGGGCUAGGAAGGCGUGGCGAGAUCGGGAGAGGUUGGUCUUGCGACUGGGAGUACUUGUUUGAGACUACCAAAGAUCCAGCUCCUGCCGAAGCCACGCCCAACGCGGAGCUUGCCAAAAGCACUGCAACGCAGACGACGGCGGCCCCCCUGCUCACUCAGCGACAGCGAAAAGCAGCGAAAGCUCAAGCGGUCCGAGAAGAUGAGAAGAAAGAUCCAGCCCGUCGGCGCAAUACAUCCAGUCCGGAAAGUGAAGGAGAGCCGGAGAUUGUACCGGAACUUGUAGAAGAAGUCAAAUACACCCAACUAUUGCCGGCGCAGAGCGUGUCGUUGUUGAAGCAGUCGUCAAACAUCAGUCUGCCACCAGUUCCUGUUCUGGUCACAGUCCGCAUCACUUUGCUCGAUAAAGGGACGCCGUCUCCGGCAGCUCGAAUCUAUCGCCUGCCGUCAAAUCGAAAGCCACGGGUAGUACUUAGUUCUACCGAACCAAAUGCAGACGGGACGGACAAGUCUCAGGAGAGCCAGCCACAGAGCUGGAACUCUGAUGGGCCGCCGCCCGGGCAACGUCCACCUGCAACAAGCCUGACGCAAUCAUCAACGUCGUCAAUGAGCACUGCUCGCGAUCUUCGCUCCCGCUGGCUUGCUCUCGACAAACGUUCCGACGCCCACACGCAAACCAGCCAUUCACGACUUUCGAAGAUCAAGGCCAACAAAUUCUCCAUACCCCGUCACCAAGUCAGCUACCCACGUGAAUCGCUCGCGAAGAUCAAUGUGCUGCCCAAGAAUGCGCCUGAAGAGAUAGUGAAGAACUAUGGACCGAACAGUGCUUUUGGGCGAGGAGAUGGGGAGGUGCCCAAGGAGGAGCCGCCGCCUCCAAAGGCAAAGAACAAGGGCAAGGCAAGGGGCAAGGAGAAGGGAAAGGAGAAGAAGGCAGGCGCUCACUUAGAGGAUGACGAAGUACUGGCAGAACCUCUCGAUAACGUACCUGACGAUGUGGGAGACCUUGCUCCCCUUUUGAUCGACCCAUUCAACGAACCGACAGAAUGGGAUAAACAUGUGCCCUGUCCCGACCCGCACGACCUCAUCGGGUUUGUCACGAGUGGUGGGUACAAUCUGGCCGAAGGUCGGGGCACGGCCGUGGGGAGCAUUUGGGCCCAGCGGGUGAUUGAGGGAUGGCAAGAAGACACCAUGCAGGAUGACGGCGUGAGUGAAAAGCAGAAGGACAGGCAGAAGAGGCUCUGUAUUGUGCGCAACGCCGGCGAGAGUGUGGGACGUCUGGGCAUCUGGGAGCUUUGUAGCUGA